CUUUUCCAUGACUCAUUCCCCUUUUUUUAAACACAGUAUAUAAAACCGAUACUACAAGCAUUAUUCACUCUUCCUUUUUUCUGUUUCUAAUUCGAGUACUUUCAUUAGAAUAUUCGCAUUUCAAUAAUUCAAUUUCCCCUUUUAAUCCCCAAGCAUCUAACAUCUUUUUUCAAAAUAACUUCAUUAGCUAAUUAUGUUCUGCUAAAUAUUGAAGGAACAAAAAUGUACUCUGGUUUUAGCAGAAGGAAGCGAGUUACUGACCCGUUAGACGAAAAGGUGAAGGCUCAGAUCAUUGGCCGUGAUAAAUAUGAACUCGGUUACUUCAGCAGCGGAAGCGAACACAGCGCUCACGCCGAUUAUGAUGUCACUUCUCCUAGUUUUUCCGAUCUCGUUUUCGGUUAUCCUGAAAACAAUGGCCAAAACGAGUCACCUGAAAAUGAUUCAGAUUCUGAGACCGACGUAUCAAUGUAUGAAUCAACUGACACGAUUGAAGAUACUCCGAAGCCUAUUUUCCAAAGCGAUCUCGAUUCGUACCGUAAUGUAUUGGCGUCUUGCGUUGCUAAGGCAUGGGAAGUGUUUUCAUGUGCAAAAUCGAAUAAAUCGAUACUCCAGAGGAAUGUAAUGGCAUAUUUGAGAAAUUUUGGUUACAAUGCGGCGGUUUGCAAGAUGAAAUGGGAAAGCUCCGGUGGACUUGCAGCCGGAAAUUACGAGUUUAUUGACAUUCUCAGAUUAGAUUCCGCCAAUCGGAUCGUUACUCGUUACUUCGUCGAUCUCGAUUUCGCAGCUGAGUUUGAAAUCGCGAGGCCGACGAAUCAGUAUGAAAAAUUACAACAGUCAUUGCCGAAGGUUUUUGUUGGCAAAAGUGAAGAAUUAAAGCAGAUAUUGAGAGUAAUGAGCGACGCCGCGAGACGGUCGUUGAAAAGCAGAGGCCUUCACAUUCCUCCGUGGAGAAAACACCGGUUUAUGCAGAACAAGUGGCUCGGUUCGUACAAACGGACAACUAAUAUCAUGCCGUCGGCGAACUCGACGGCGUGGCUAUCACCGUCAAAGGAUACGAAUGGAGUAAAGUGCAGAACCGUCGGGUUUCACGCUGCCGCCGUGAACGGCGGUCUGUUGUUUCCCGCGACAACCUGUACAAGAUGAGAUAGCAGCAAUUAAUCAAUUUUUUGAAUGACGUAAUUAAUAGUAUCGCUUAUUGUCUGUUUCAUUUCUCAUAUUUACUUAUUAUUUGAUUAGACACGGAAAUUUUAUUAAGAAGAUUAUUUGAUUUGUACUUUGUACUUUAUA